UGAAUUAACAGGAGCCAUUCUACCAUGAUGAAUUCACCAUCUCCCAGAGUGGGGCGUCGUACACGCGCGGAGAAAGUGCUGUUUAGUUUAUAUAUACCCAGCAGCAAGGGCCAUCGUACGCAUUUUCAAUAACGCUCCUGCUAAUCGCUAUACCACGCGGCUCCGUAGCGCAGCGACAGGAUGACCACGAUGAUCGGGCUGCUCCUGAUUGCCACCUGGACCGGGGCUGUCAUCGCUCAACUACCACCCGGAGUGCAGCCCUGUGCUCGAACGGCCGAUUUGGGACAGUACGACAGAUGCGUGUUGAAGCAAUUAAAAGCUAUUACCCCGUACCUGGCCGAAGGUAUACCGGCCUUGAAGUUGCCAGCUCUGGAUCCGCUCUUCCUGCCGUCGUUGACGGUCGAUAGGAACCUGGAGGCGCUGAAAAUUAAGGCGAACAUGAGCCAGAUACGCGUCCACGGUGCUACCAAUUUCCUUAUCGACGAUCUAAAGGCGAACCCUGACGAUCUAUCGGUCGCCAUUAAAGUUCAGCUGCCGCACGUCCACGUGAACGGCGACUACGAGGUGCAAGGAAGGCUGCUGCUGCUUCCGUUGAACGGUGCUGGCAGCUUCAAAGGAAACUUCACCAACACAGAAGUGCAAGUGAACGCUCAAGGCAAAGAAGUCAUCGACAAGAAUGGCGUCCAAAGGAUCAACGUCGACAAGCUCGUGACGAAAAUUCGCGUUGGCGACGGAAAUAUCAAACUGAAAGCACCCCCGUCUCAUACUCUAGCCGCCGACGCUGCGGCGACCUUCUUCAAUUCGAAUCCCCGCCUGGUUCUGGACAUAGCUAGUCCCAUAAUCGAAGACACAGCGGCCACAGUGAGCAGAGCAUUGGCCGCCAGAGCGUUAGGAGCGCUCACGAAGCAGGAAUUAUAUCCUACGAUCACGGCCACGGGCUCAACUUGGCCGAUGAUCGAGGAUCAGUGCAGAGGAUCUGUACAGACUCACGAGGAUCGCUUUAGUUUCCUCCGGUGCACGUUUGAGGAAGGAUCGUCCAAGAUGGUUGUCAAAGAGCUUUUGUUCGUCGCCAUUGUCGUGGGCUUCGCGAAAGCUGAAGUCCCGUCUUACAUCCAUGUGUGCGGAGCGAAGAACCCGAAUCUCGACGAUUGCGUGAUUAAAAGCGUCGAAGCUUUGGCACCGAAGCUUCGAAAAGGUAUUCCAGAGUUGGAUAUUCCGCCCGUGGAUCCUUUGAUGAUCGAUAGAGUGCAGAUCUCGGACUCGCCGGACUUUAAAGCGAUGGCAACAAACAUAAAGCUUCGCGGGCUUCAACCUUAUCACGUGAAUUUCCUCCACGUGGAUCUCGAGAAGCAAAAGGUAGAUAUCGAUCUUCAGUUCGAUGAGAUCCACAUGGACGCUGAUUAUACCGUCAACGCUAGGAUCCUGGUGCCGAUCUUUGGAAACGGUCCGAUCACUUUGAGCACGAAGGAUGUAAAUACGAAAGUUCACCUAGAGUUCAAGCUGGUUGAACGGAACGGAAAGAAGUACGUGUACUUCUGGUCGAUUACCACUCACUUGAACGUGAAGGAUUACACGGUUAAAUUCGAGGCGGAGAACUUCGAUAAAAUUCUGCAGGAAGCCGUCCGCCAGGCGCUGGGCCACAGUCAUCGGGAGAUAUUGGAGGCCACCAGACCUAAUCUGGAAAAAGCCAUUUCCCAGAAGGGCCUCGAAAUGGCCAACAAGAUCUGCAAGCAUUUCACUUUCGGCGAGCUCUUCCCCGAUCGAGAAUAACCGAGAUCAAAGGGACGCUGAUCCUUCGUGCUCGAUCUAUCGACCAUUUUGUAGAAACGAAUCUAUAACCGUGGACAAAAAGCUAUGGACAUCGUUUCGGUUGUGCUGUGAAUAAUGUAUUCGCUUUAUUAA